AUGGCAGACGUGAGCACAGUACCAGUCAAGCUUCUGAACAGCUCAGAGAGUUUUGAAGAGGACCGGGUCAAGUCUGCCUCAAAGAGUGAGGACAAGACAAAGAAAUUAGCGACUGAGAAAGGGAAGACGAAGGGUAUAGAGUCUGACAAGGCACUUGCUUUCCUUGGGAAGACUGGACUUUCUUGCUUCUUAUUAGACACCGAAGACUCUUCUGCCACUGUAUACUCAAAUCCAAAGGUGAUUUCUAUACACGUCGGGCAAUCAACUAAUGAGAACAGUGUAGUACCUUAUGGCUUCACAGUUGAGACGUGUAAGGGUAUUACUUAUACUUGGAAAGAAAUGGUUGAAUCUAUUAAGUCGAUGAUCAAAGACGAAUUGGAUGACUUCUACAGAUAUGAAGUGAUUCCUGGAUUCAUUAAGAGACUUAAUGAACUCCUCUCAACAGCGAAGACAAUGAAAAACGUUGAAAUAAAGAACUCGACACUCAGACUUGUCUUCGAUGGUGUCGACAACGCUCCACAGAAACCAACUAUUAGACUCUCUAACACUGAAAAUUGUGUAUUUAAUGAGAACUUCGACAUCGACCACUUCUUCUGUUUCGGGAUUACUUCACUCAUUAAAAUGUUACAGGAAAUCCACGACUCAUUCACUUCCCAAGACACCGUCUUCUUGUGCAGACAUGGCUUCAGAAUUGAUUACAAUGACCUCACUUGGGUCCCGAAAGCUAAAUUCCCUCAUGACCCACCUUUGUCACCAGAAGGUUUACAACAAGGAAAAGACCUUGCAAAGAGACUGAAAUACGAAAAGAUCGAUUUGAUUGUCUCAUCGCCGUUUUAUAGAGCAACGCAGACUGCAAAAUGCAUUGCUGAGGAGUUGGGAAUUCACUAUGUCGUUGAACCAGCGUUUGGAGAGUUCUUGUCGGUCAAUAAUAGAAAGGCACUUCCCGUGUUGGACCCGACUCCAAUGCAAGACGAGAAGCUCGACAAGAACUUUGUGCCACUUGGCGGUAAAUUAGAUUUAGAGACUUGGGAAACAAUGGAACUCAGAGUGAAAAAUUGUUUGAAUGCCAUCAUGAAGAAAUAUCAUCGUGUAGCUAUUAUAUCACAUCGAUCAACACUUCAAGCUAUUCUUUCUGUUGUAGUCGGAAAGAAGUUUAAAUACCCCCUCGACUUCGGAUCAGUCACUUCGUUGACUCGAUCGAAGGAGGACCAAGACAAAUUCGCGAUCGCGAGACUUAACAUGUUCUCACACCUCAGUGUCUUCAUCGAAAACCCGUAUUACAAUCCAAACUACGCAGCAAAGAAUUACACAGACAUGGUGGUGACGGCUACGGGUGAUGUCCACGAUUCAUAA